UGUAGAUUUAACCGCUUAUUUUAUUCAGUUUUAAUUGAUCGGCUUGGUUUUGCUGUUUCGUCGUCGCUGAGUUGACGUCUGUGUUCAAACGUCUGUGUUCAAACGUCUGUGUUGCAGUCCUGACCAGAGGAGUGAUGACGGAGUUCCAGGAGAAGCUCCGGCAGCAGCACGAGGAGUUGAUGCACCGUGAGCUGGAGGCGCUGCUCGUCUCCGCCAAUAAGACGGAGGCGGAGAUCUCCAGAAAAGAAUUUGAUGGAUUCAAGAAGCUCUUCCACAGAUUCCUUCAGGUCAAAGGUCCCGGGGUCGACUGGGCCAAGAUCAACCGGCCGCCAGAGGAGUCGAUCCAGCCCUACGAGAAGGUCCGGGCCAAAGGUCUCCCCGACGACAUCUCCGCCUGCCUCAACAAGCUCGCUGUGGUCAAACUGAACGGCGGCCUGGGAACCAGCAUGGGCUGCAAGGGUCCCAAGAGUCUGAUCAGCGUCCGCAACGAGAACACCUUCCUGGACCUGACGGUGCAGCAGAUCGAGGUAGAGACGCAGCGAGACGCACACACACACACACACACACACACACACACAGGUAAUGGGGGGUGCUGUGAAUGUUUUAGGUAUCCGAGGAUCAACAAGGAGUCUCUGCUGCCGAUCGCCAAAAGCAUGGGGACGAAUGGCGAGAACGCGGAGGCCUGGUACCCGCCGGGUCACGGAGACAUCUACGCCAGCUUCUCCAACUCCGGGCUGCUGGACCGCCUCCUCGCUCAGGGCAAAGAGUACAUCUUCGUUUCCAACAUCGACAACCUGGGCGCCACCGUCGACCUCUUCAUCCUCCACCACCUGAUGAGUCAGCCGGCCGACAAGCGCUGCGAGUUCAUCAUGGAGGUCACCGACAAAACCAGAGCCGACGUCAAGGGCGGGACUCUGAUCCAGUACGAGGACCACCUGCGGCUGCUGGAGAUCGCUCAGGUACCGAAGGCGCACGUGGACGAGUUCAAGUCCGUCACCAAGUUCAAGAUCUUCAACACCAACAACCUGUGGAUCUCGCUGCCCGCCGUCAAGAGGCUGCAGGAGAAGAACGACCUGGACCUGGAGAUCAUCGUCAACCCCAAGACGUUGGACGGCGGUCUGAACGUCAUCCAGCUGGAGACGGCGGUGGGCGCCGCCAUCAAGAGCUUCAAGAACCCCAUGGGUGUGAAUGUCCCGCGCAGCCGCUUCCUGCCGGUGAAGACGUCGUCCGACCUGCUGCUGGUGAUGUCGAACCUGUACAGCCUGGACGCCGGCUCGCUCACCAUGAGCAAGAAGAGAGAGUUUCCCACCACGCCGCACGUCAAGCUGGGCAGCUCCUUCACCAAGGUCAGCUGACGGGUUAUUGAUCAU